AUGCAUCUCAUUACUACUCAUCUCCUCCUACUUGCUACAUCAGCUACCCUCAUCGCCGCUCAAGAUGGAACACCCACAUCCCCAGACACAAGCGGCGAUUCGAACUGCGUUUCCCAAAAAGUUGUAGACUCAUGCGUUUCUAUCAUGAAGCGUGGACUCACAAAAUGUACCUCUGCUGAUUGGGACUGCAAGUGCUCAGGCGCUGCAAAUAUCGCCAACUGCUACGUAAACUGCUCCGAAGAUGACCCGAAUUCGUCCGCAGCCAGACAACAAAGCGUGGAUAUGUGCGCUACCGCAAAUGCAUUUUCCAAUGGAGAGUCCACUGUCGCACCCUCAUGGACUCUGCCCGGGUCGAAUGCUGCACAGCCAACCGACUUAGAUGCCGUUCUAGCCGCUAGUGACGGCCCGGCUACUACUGCCGGACCGACCAAAGCCGUUGGUGGGAAUGAGAAGUCAGCGAGUCCAUCAGAGGGAGCUGCGGUUAUGAAUGAGGCUGGUAGCUGGUUGGCUCUUGUGGUUUUGGGACUAGGGGCUGCGUUUUGA